AUGGCUAUACCCACCUUGUCAUUCGUCUUCGGGCUGCUGGUCACCGCAUACUUGGGCACGUUUGUCCUGUUCGCCGUCUUGCGCAUAGUCACUGGGGUCUCGAUCCAGCGCGUGGGCUACAGCGGCCUCAGACGAAUCGCCUUCAGCCCCACCCAUGGUAUCAAGAUCAACCUUCGUGGCGUAGGCAUCUCGCCGCACCGGCCCACCUUUGCUCUGCCAACGUGGUGCAGCUUGGUCAUAACUGAACUGGUCGUGACGGUCGACCUUGAGGCGCUGGACGAGAGCAGGAGAGAAAAGGCCAGUGGAGCUCCGGAGGCUCGUCCGGAAACGCCUGCAGAACACAAGGAUGAAGAUGGGCAUGGCCAACUGUGGCGCAGGCUCACCGAGACGAAAGAGAAGAUCAAGCGGCUGCACAGGCAGAUACGGUGGCUACGCUUGGUGGACUUGAUCGCAACGGCUCUCACGCUGGACAUCGUGGGCGUGGGCCGGAUCAGGUUGGAGCGUGUGACGCUUUCGGUCGACACGAGGAAACAGACGGUCGACAGAAGCAGGCUGUUCCAACAUCACAAGCACAAGCCGCAAACGCAAUCUCCCGCCGAAUGGAAGUCCAUCGUCAGGAGUGUGCUGUUUACGCCCGAGGGCCGGGAGUCGACCGAAGUGCUGGACUACUGCACAUUCAACAUCCAUGGAAUGCUCGAGCAAGAACGUGAGGGGCUUCGUGAUGCAUCGAUCGCCUGGAAAUUAGGUCGCCUCAACAUACCGUUCGAUGAUCUCGAGUAUGCGAAACGCUGCGCCGAUCUCCUGCGUGGUAGGUAUGCGCAGCCUCAAUCAGAGAAGCCACCGCCAGACAUGUCCUUCGUUGACGUGGCGGAUGAGAUCAAAAUGCCAGGCCCCGCCAACGAACAUAUAGCACAAACCGUUUCUGAUUCUCGAGCUUUCGUUGCUUCAAUCUUGCGCGGUAUUCAGGAGGUACAGUUCGCGAUCGGAUUUGUGGGCUUGUCGAGGAAGCUUGCGGUCAAGGGUUACGCAGACAGGGAUGUCUACUUCAACUUCGCUAUGAAAGAACUUGGCCUGGAUCUCCUGCGUCUUGAUCCGAAAAGCCCAGCACACCGGAUGUACUUCUCGCCCAAAGAUGUGGCGCACCAGGCUCUGCUUACUGGCAUCGCUAUCGCUGCUGGCAUCGAUGAUGGUCAUGAACAUCCGGAACGCAUGCUGUACAUUCCAAUGAUCACUGCUACAGUGAAGACGACAUUGCCUUCUCGGACUGUCCAUUACUCUCGGGCAGAUGGUCCGAACGACAAGAACACCAAUAUCCUGUACGCAAAUCUGGUCUGUACAUCGCCUUCUGUCGACUUGGAUCCGAAACAUUUGCCCCUGGUGCGAGAACUCCUUAAGAAGCGUUCAGGCGGUCGACAAGGUCACGCCAAGUUGAGUCACCAUCAGCUGAUCUCGCAGCUCCUGCCCAAGGCACAUCUGAAGAUUUCUAUCCAAGAGCCGGUCAUUCGAAUAUCAUUACCGCCCAUGGACAAGAAGAAUACGGAAGACGAUGAUUUCGACCUUCUCAUAUCUUCGGUGUCUUCAGUCGCACUGGAGUGUGAAUCUUCUCAUGCUACAGAUGGCCAGAACCACUAUACCCUCAAUUCAUAUUAUCGCCUCUCCAGACAUCGAUUGUGCUAUCAGACUGCCACUGGUGAUAGACACGAUCUACUGCACAGCGACUUCGUGGAAGUACAAGUCGAUGUCAACGCUCUUCCCGAUGUUGCUGUGAUCGCGACCGGCAGAGCGCAGACUUUCACAAUCUUCCUCGUGCGGCCUGAUAUCUGCGAAGGUGUGCGUCAAAUCGUGAAACAGUUGCGACGCAACGUGCUAGCACAUCACGAUGGCAGCAAGAAGAAACAAGCCAGCUUUCUGCGCCAAAUGCCGGCAUGGCUCCAGCACCUGAAGCUUGAAGGCUCAGACUUCGGGCUCGAGCUUGCAGGCAUUGACGAGCAGGUCUCCAAAGACACCCGGGGGUUUGGACUGCAACUUGAGUCCUGGACGACCGAAUACAAAGCUCAACGUGACGACCCCCGUGACCAAGAAGAUAUGACCGCCCGUCGAAAAUCCAUCACCCUCAAGUCACCAGGCAAGGAGAAGAACAAGCCUACAGAACACUCUUCGCCCAAAAAGAGAUACCACACUUUCGCUGAUGGUCGGCGGCUGACAUUCCAUCUCCAAAACCUGGAAGGACUGAUCGCGGAUUCCAUCGAAGAUUCUGAACCCGAGACCUUUCUUUCACUGCCACGCUUCGAAGUUGCAUUUUCAACAACGACCGAUCCUCACGGUCCCAUAUUUCACGUCAACUCUUUCGCUAAGAGCAUCAUGGUGCAAUACUCGUUGUACAACCACUUUGCAGUAGGUGUGGCCGCCAUGAUCAUCAAGAAAACCUUCCUCGACCGGGAGAAGGAGGACGAGCACGCUCAGCCGAAGAUCGCAAGAUCGACAAGUUUUGGCCUAUCCGUGGCAGAUCCAACUCUAGAAGAGAUCGCAAGUCGCGAAAUUACCGCAAUGGACUUCAAAGCGAGCCUGGUGCAGAUCAAGGGCCGCAUGCCUGCGGAUCCACCCAUGAUGUUGCAGAUAUUUUCUCUCGAGUGCGGAAGGCAUCGCUGGUCAACACCGUUCUUACGGAGCAAACUGGCUCGCAUGUAUGUCCGGGCACCGGCAACGAAAUCAGCCUGGAGCAGAGUUAUCAGCAUCAAAACCUUCAGAUUUGACCUCCGCGAGGUGAAGCGGAAGGUUGGGAAGCAGAGUGUGCACGAAAAGUCCGUCGAUGUGGUCACGGAGUCCAUCCGCAUCUCGAUACCGAAUUCUCUCGUUGUGCACUCGAUCUUCGAUAACAUCACGAACGUGGUGAAGACAACCAAGCAAUUGCAACAUCACUUCAUCACUGGAACGAAUGAAUACAUCCUUACCAAGGAGCCAGAAGGUACGAAGCACGUACCUCGCAUUACGCUUCGUACCCAGAUCUUCUUGUUUGAUAUCGAAGACAAUUUGUUCGAAUGGAAGCUUGGCGCAAUCUACCGAGCCGGAUUGAUGGAGCAGAAACAAAGACUAGCCCGGGAAGAUGCUUUCAGGCUCAAGGAGAAAAGGAUGGCGCGCUCUGCCGUUCGUGGUAGCUCGAGGCUACGUGCGCAGUCUGCUCAGCUUGGCGAGGAAUCCAGCUCUGACUCACGGCAGCCACACGUCACCCAUCGUCGGAGUCGAAGUCAUGGCGGGAACUCUCCCAGUCCAAAGAACAGUCAGCGGCAGUCGCGGCGUAAGAUGCGCUAUGACACAGAAGGGAAAUGUGGCAUCAGUGAAGGCUCGACAGUGUCUCUCAAAAAAGCAAGAGAGAGACUGGAUCAUCUGAACGCGCAGUCGUGGAAGCAUCGCAUUGAUCGCAUAAAGUGCUUUCAAAGCCACGCCAUCCGCGAGAUGAGGAAAGUCUUCGGCGUCAAUGACGAGCUUGACGACGACGUAGAACAGCAUGAGCCGAUAUUGGCCUGGAGCAGAAGACCAGGACUGAUGGUUAUCGCCAUCAGUGACUUGAGUAUCACUGUCGACAAACCUUCUUUCCCGAUAGAGGACUAUCCGAAUUUUCUGCACACUGUCGGCAAAGGUAUGCCGAGGGACAUGAAGUAUGGUCUACUACUGCCGAUGAGUUUGCACAUCACCAUGGGCGAGGCCAGGAUACAGCUUCGCGACUAUCCACUGCCAAUUUUACACAUUCCUGCUCUGGGUAGUGGGCAGUCCCCGAGGAUGCCAGCAGCAUCGAUGAAGACCGAUUUUGUGAUAGCUGAAGAGUUCAGAGACAUCGAGUCGCAACGAAGCGUCAAUGUAGAGGUUGUACCACGGGAGAAGAUGGCCCAUGGGUCGAGCGGCUUUUUCAUCGACGUCAGACGAACGAUUUCUGCGGUCAAAACCUACUCGGACAUCAAGUUCGAGAUCAAUACCAGUAACCCAACGAAGAUCGCUUGGUCAACAUCGUACCAACCGGCGAUUCAAGACACCAUGCAGGUGUUGGAGAGCUUCACCAAGCCACCUAUCGAUCCCUCUGACAGGGUCGGGUUUUGGGACAAGAUCCGUCUGACCUUCCAUUCCCGCGUCAAUGUUGCAUGGAAAGGCGAUGGGGAUGUCCACCUAAUCUUGAAAGGCUCUCGAGAUCCAUAUGUCGUUACAGGGACUGGUGCUGGUCUGGUGAUGGUGUGGCGUAACGACGUGAACUGGAGCAUUGCCCAGCACGAUGAUCCUCGUCGAUUCUUGAAGGUCGACAGCGGAGAAUACCUCCUUGCAAUACCGGAUUUUAACAGCUAUGCUCGGCGCUCGCAAGAGCUACAGGAGGGUGACGAUGCAAGCGUUGGAAGUGGCUCCAGCACUGGUCGUCGAGAUGCAGUAUUCAAGAAGGUGGUCAUGAAGCUUUCUGGUAAGGUCACUUGGCUCGCAGGUCUGAUGUUCGAGCGAGAUCUGGCAGACGGGAAGCGCACUUUCGACUUCAAAUCUCACUACGACGUGGUCCUUAAGCAUCCUGACUGUGCGAAAGGUGUCGAGGGCCAAGAAUAUGAUGCCUACCGCGGGUUCAGAAGUCACCACAUCCACAUGUCCAUCGCUGUCGCAGCGCCGCAUGACCGUGACUGGUCUGUGUCUAACAUCAAGCCGUCAAACAAUUACAACUCGGUGCACUUGACACCACGAUUCUUCUCACACUUCUUCAACUGGUGGUCGAUGUUCUCGGGCGUGAUGUCUCUGCCAAUUCGGCAAGGACCACUAUGGGGUGUGACCGAGAAGAAGAGCAAGAAGUUCGGCCGUCAUCUUGCCACGCUCAAAUACAACUUGCUGCUCUCGCCGCUAUUCAUCAGCCACGUCUACAAGCACAAGGAUGCCGAGGACUACCAAGCACAGACUGUCUCGGCCACUGGGCUGAAGAUGAGACUCGACAGCUUCAUGCUCGAUGUGCACCAACGACGAGAGCACUUUGACCUCAAAGAUCGCGAGGGCGCGCGAGGCAAGCAGACAAGCGGUAUGCGCAUCAACCAAGCUCAGCUAGACUUCAUUUCCGCCGAUCUACGUGCUCUGUCUGCGAACAUAGAAGGUACCAGUGCAGAAGACAUCGAAAAAGCCAAUGAUGAUACGCUCGCCUCGCUGCAAGGUCAAGCACCAUUGGUGGACAUGUCCAAGUUUGACAUACCCGACAACGACUUCACGUGGAUCGACAUGGACGACUUUGUGGAGCUUGACUGGAUACUACCUGCAGAAGCUGAUCCAGAGACCAAGAUUCUGCCGCUGGGCUACGCCCCAAGGUUCACGUACUUCCGCCAGACUGACCACAACGGCACCAUCGCAGCUGAUCCGUCUCGGACCAGUCCUUUCGGCGACGAGCCUACCCAUUAUUGCGUGAUGUCGGCAAAGAACGAUCCGCGACGAGUGCAGACCGAACUCAUUGAGAGGCGUUUGGCGUCGAUCAAAGAGAAACAGGCGCAGAAUGUCCGCGCUGUAGGGGAAGCUGAGCUCAAAUUCGUCCAGGAGCCACAAGCCGACAGGGCGGAGAAACAGGCGCUUCAAGACAAACUGAACACGCUGAAGAGCCAUACGGAUCACUUGCAAGGCAAGCACGACUUUCUUGAAAGAAUGCUGAAUGACUUGCUGCAGAGACUUGACGAGAACGACCCAUCCGCUGUGCCCGAUCUUGAGACCAGCGAAGAGUUCUUUGAGGCACACGAGAAUACCCGCCGACAAGAUCCCGGCAUGUCCAACAUGGACUCAGCGCCCCUCGCCGAUUACACUAGCGACUUCAACAAUCGUUUCAUUGUCCAUAACGCGCAGAUCAAGUGGAACAACUCCCUUCGAAACAUCAUCUUGCGUUACAUCCAUCAGAACGGCCAGCGUCGUGGCUUCGUCUACUACAUGUCACGGCGCGCGGUCAAGUUUAUACUCGAGAUCCUGGAGGAGCGAGAGAAGGCAGAGAAGUCCUCGACGCCAACUCGCCAGAAAUCGCACGCUACGACGUACAGUGCUAUGUCACCAAACGUUGACGAUGAAGCCACCGUCCAGGGUCGUAUCGACCAACUACUUCGCGAUGGCCGCAACUUUGUCAACGCGGACGAGCCUUUCGCGGAGAAAUGGGAUUCAGGACAAAGUGGUGGCGGCCAUGAUGACAUCUCGGUUGAGUUCACGCCGCUGAACACCUACCACUUCCGCCUGAUCGCGCCCCAAGUACAGCUGCAGAGCGAGAAGAACCCCAAAUCUGCAGUCUUGGUCACUGCCAAGGGCAUGCAACUUAAAGUUGUCCAGAUCAUGGAGAAGGACAAAGUCGACGACGACGUCAGUGGACUGGUUCAACGGCGCUUCAAUGCAGCUGCAGACAGUCUGCAAAUGUUUGUCACCAGCGCGAAGACGUUCACGACUGAGUACCUCCACUUCUACUCUGCUAACAGAUAUGGUGUCAAAGCUGGCACGUACUGGCCUCCCUGGGUGCCUAUGGAGAUCAUGUUCGAGUUCAAGACCAAUCCUUAUGGUUUCAAUCGUGUGGUCCAUCGAACUUCUGCCAGUUUGAGGUUCGAUAAGUACAACACUUUGCGUCUCAAGUACAACGACGACAUCUCUGGCGGUGAGCCAAAGACCGCAGAAAGUGCAGAAGAAGCAGAAAGUCGAAUGGAUCAUGUCUGGCUGGAAUUUCCGCAUCUCCGAGCGAUAUGCGAUUCUACGCAGUACUUCGCAUUGUAUAUCAUAGUGAUGGAUCUGCUGCUAUACAAUGAGCCCCUCGAGAAAACGCGUAGCGAGCGGCUCGAGAAGAUCAUGCUAGCAUCCGAUUUCAGCGACUUGUCUGGUACGCCCGAAAUGGUACAGAUGUUGCAGGAGCGAAUCCGUCAACUCGAGGAAAUUAAGAUGCACUUCCAGGUCAACGAGAAAUACCUUGAUCGUCAAGGCUGGAAGGAUCGCAUUGCCAUGGACCAAGAUCUUGCAAGCUGUGAGGACGAGCUUUUCUUCAUGAUGAAAGCAAUCACCACAUCCCAGCAGCAUGAAGAGAACCCUCGAGGCGCCGACGACUCUGCGGGCAUGCUUCAUUUGCAUAUUGCAUCGAAGGAGAUUGCGUGGCAUCUCAUCAGAGACAAGAACGAGUCGCUUAUGGAGCUUCAGCUCAAGAACGCCACGUUCGAUCGUACUGACAACUACGACGGGUCCAACUACAACAGUAUGGAGAUUGGCUUGAUCAAUGGAUACAAUCUACUGCCCAAUGCCCUUUACCCGGAGAUCUUGACUCCGUUUACGGAUGAGAGCAAAGGUGGUCGCCGGUUGGGGAAUACCAAGAUGCUACGCGUCCACUGGCUGAUGCUUGAGGCCAUUGCCGGAAUCCCCGUCAUGGACUACUUUGAAGUCGACUUGGUGCCUUUGAAGGUUCAAGUCGAGCGUGAAGUCGCCAAGAAACUGUUCGAGUACAUCUUUCCAGGUGUUGGUGGCAAUGCUUUUGACGGCGGCGGGUUUUCGCCUUUCAUGGUCAAGAACAUGUUACCGACACAAGAGGAAGAAGACGAGUCUGGUGAAGCAGGGCCGCAGGAUUCGCAAUCUGUACUUGGAGUUGAGUCGCCGGACCCGAACAACUACGCUGGCGAGCGCAACGGACCAGGUUCCUUUGAGCAGCGCAUGAGGCCAACACUUACGCUUGGUAAGCAGAAGAAGGGCAAGAAUUAUCAGCGCGGACUCGGGAUUCCCAACGGGAAUCAAACUGGUCUCCAUGGCUUCGCAAUCUGGCAGCACUCGAACAAGUCGCAAGAAGGAAGCAAGCGAGCACUGGCUUCACGACAGACUCUGUCGCAGACCAGUCUAUCUCCCAUGGCAAGGUCGCCUAGUGAGCGCUCUCUAAGCACAAUGCGUAGCACCGCCGGUAGCGUCGAUGGUGACAAGCGUGUGUCUGGGCGCGCAACCAGCCACGAUAAGAAGAAGAAAGACAAGGACAAGUCCAAGGAAGGGACGUCAGAUGAUCUGACGCAAAUGAUGACCAGAGCGUCGAAUUACAUGACUUUGGCUUACGUCAAGAUACCUGGCAUCGUGUUGUGUCUAUCGUACAAGGGACAAGGCAAACGAAACAUAGAAGACGUGCACGGUCUGGUCUUCAAACUGCCCACGCUAGAGUAUCGCAACAAGACUUGGUCGAAUCUGGACCUGGCCUUGCAGAUCAAGAAGGAUUUCAUACGAUCUUUGAUCAGCCACACAGGCGCUAUCAUUGGCAACAAGUUCAGCCAUCACAAGCCAAGUCGACAACAGCAGUCCCGGCUUAGGGAGCUUGCGAAUAGGAGCACAUUCAUGAGCCCGAGCGCCAGCGAAACGAAACUCCUUCCAGGCCCGCCAGACUGGCAAUUCCGCACUGCCGGCCCAAAUGGCUCGGAGACGAGUAGUAUUCAAAAAGAUAGCUUCGACGACACUUCCGGUCGGCCUGCGAGCGCCAGGCCACCUAGUAGCAACCUGGCUAGUAGCGUGAGCUUCACUACCUCGUCGCCUUCGCGCUCUGUCAGCGAGCCCAGAUUCUCAGGCGACACAGCACCUGAUCAGGUCAUGCAUGGCAGCAGUAUCAGCGAGCAGAACAGUCCUCAUCCAACACCACGCCCACUUCCUCGUGCCCUGCACAAUGCAGCCAACAGCGAUGCUGAGGGUAGUCGUCCCCGGGCAACUAGCAUUACCAGGCACUUAUCCGGCUUCAGCGAGAGACUGCGUCAACGGCAGGCCACGAAUGGGAACCAUGGGGCAGAGAGCUCGGCGGUGGAGGACAAUGAGGAGACGAAACGCAAGAGCAAACUUCUCUUGGGGCCACAGAAGCUCUUGGGUCGUUUUCGGGACUAG